AUGGACCCACCUCCUCCGCCUCCACCGAGUCUCUCUUCCUCUGUACCACCACCCCCUCCACCUCCUGGUCCACCUCCACAGACGUCUAUUACAACCACUCACACUCCUUCUAAUUUUACUAGCAACAAUCACGUCACUUCUCCCGUCUCUACUAACAAUGCAGCAACAUCAACGCCACACUCGAAGCUUCUGAACCAUUUACCACUAGACGCGCCUGAUGAACUCGAUCGUAAGUGGUACGCACAUUUCUAUCACAUGCAGAAGACCAUACAGGGUAAAGACGAGGCUGCGACGCUCGCUAUCUUGAAGCAGCAGCCGGCCGAAGGUCUGACGCCGCUACCGUUCCAGCCUGAUAUUGCGUUACUUUACGCAGUGCUCACGGAGCCUACACAAUCCAAGCAAUAUCUUCGGUACUUGACGACUGUGGCAGCUAUGGACAAUUACAAAACUUGUAUGGGGUGGCUCCAGAAACUCAUUGAUCUCAAGUUUGUUAAGUUGCUGGUAGCAUGUCGCAGUCAAUUGUUGUGGCUUGUGCGGGAGUUCGUGCAUUUAAAUGCACCAGGUGUGGACAAGGUAAUUGUCUGCUUGAUGCGAUAUCUGACUGGUGGAGAUCCUAGUCGUACAACGGUCUGGCUGGCGUCGUCAAUUAUUCGUGUUUUGAUUGAACAUGAAGCUUGGCUUUUGUCGUGCUCGAGUUUAAUCCCGUUUGUUUUCCAUACAUUUGCAAGGAUUUCACUUGAUCACUCUGCUGCACAACAUGCGAGCUUGUUGAAGCAGGAGGUGGAGCUGUGCACGACUUUGUGGAACCGUCGUCAGGCGGAUGUAGCACAACUUGGACGAGAAAUUGUGCGCGUACUUAGCAACGCAAAGGAUAUUCCGGGGAUGAGUGUGCUUUGGAAACAAUUGAGAAACGUACGGGAUACUGCUGAAGCUGAAAAGGAUUUCACGGCAUACUCUGUAGCGCAGUUGAUGGCGAUUCCAACUCCUCCAAAGUAUCUUGCGUACCGUUUGAAUCCUAAAAUGGAGGAAUAUCUACUCUUCAUGAUGGCACGUGAACGUGUUCAAGCUGGAUCCGUGACGCGCUACCAAAAAUGGUUUUCGUCCCAGUUUUUGAGUAGCCCAGGGUCGGAUGGACUUGUUCCCGAUCUUGUGCGGUACAUUUGCGCUGUCUACCAUCCUUCUAACCAGGUUCUAAGCUCUAAGGUCACGCCUCGGUACCAUAUUCUCGGGUGGCUCUAUCUUCUCUGCCACGGCAGUAAGACACCCAGUGUGCUGGCUCGAGUACAGCUUGCUAUGUUUUUCGACUACUUGUACUUUAAACCGUCGGACAACAUCAUGACGGUAGAGCCUGCAAUUUUGCUCAUGGUGAAAUCACUUAAAAGUCACCCUAUGGUAACGCUAGCCAUGAUUCAGUUCGUUGUCUUCGCUGUGGAAAAGUUUGCUGCCUCACCAGUCAACCGAAAGCUCAUGCAGAAGGGUGUGUCCACUGCGUUCUCGACAAUAUUAAAACUUGGUGUUGUGCCAUCCCUCCACUCGCUCCAGAAUUUUCCGAUGCUGAUGUCGAGCGCACCAGAAUUGCAGUCGGAGCUUCACCGCAUUUUUCCGGAGCACUUUCCCUCCGCUGAGAAUGUCCAAGCGCAAGGUCCACUAUCGAGUCCAAUAUCAAGUGCCGGUGGAAGUCCUGCCAGGUCCCCUGGCCCAACCUCGUCACCUGGAAGACAAUCACCUAUCCGAGAAUCGCCGGGUCGCCAAUCACCAGUCCGAAGCAUCCCUAUUGGCACAGAAAGCCCUAUCACAUCGCCGUUACGAUUGCAGAGUCCGACACAUUCGGACGCAAGUAUGAGUGGUGGUGGGGCAUCCUCUGAUACGACUUCUCUAGGCGCGCUUUCUUUCUUGCCGGAUCACCAGCAAACUGUGGAUUCUACGACGGAUGUGGCUACUCGUAGUGACGCACUUGCUUCGACAGCACCAGCGACUAUGAUUUCUCACAAGCAGCCUAUUGUUGACAUUCCUGAAUGUCUUAACGCACUGGGGAGCGAUGAUAUUAAGCACUUUCAGCAGUCAAUGCCCGAGCCAUGUUCUCGCCCUACGGAGAGCUUUCUGGAGUGUUUGAACGAUAUUUUGAUUUCGUGGAUUCGACAAGACAACGUUGUUGAAGUCGCUGCCCCCUUGGGAUCUUUCCUACACGCUUCGCUGGAAAGGAUUAUCGUGUCAUCCCGAAUUGCCUUGAGUGAUUCACCCAAAGUCACAUCUGCGGGUGUGUUCAAUUUGAUGCUAGACCAGGUGGUCAGUGAAGCUGUGGACAUUUAUGUGCCUUUUUUGAAGGCUAUGUAUGCGCGAGAUGUUACAAUAUCCUACCGCCUGCUCGCCUUCUGUUGUUCACGAAGUAGUGGAAAGAGUCCUGAGGUUGCUCUGGGGCCUUACGCUGCGUUUAUUGAUGCCAUCGGUGGUGACAUGACUGAACAUAUCUUAAAAGACUUGAAUUUGAGCCAGCAGAUUGACGAUGCGCGGGCACAGGCUUGUGCUCUUCUAGACAAGCCGAUGUCUGUUGGUGUGUCGAAGAACGAGAUGGAUGCUUUGAGCGCUACUGCUCUUUUCGUGUGCCCCUACCUAUUUGCGAAUAUGCAGCACUCGUUCUUUUCCAAGCUGAUGACUCGUAGCGAAGCACUUGUACAGGUGCUCCUUGGUCUGGUAACGCCUGCAAUGCUAAAUGCAUUAUGCACGCGUGUGGUUAUGUGUGAGUUUGCAAUUUUUAAAAGCCGACUGGCCAACAUCGUGCUCUCGUCGUUGCAAUGGACUUCGUGGGAACAGUACGCCAUGUGGGAUCUCGUGCUCGCAGAGCUCCAAUCCGGACGUUCAGCUAUCGCCGAAAAGAAUAUAAUGGCAGCGGCACGAAAGGUGCUGGUCUGUGUGAAUCCAAAAGAGACUCCAGAGACAAUGACCGGGUUGCUAAAGUGUCUGAUCCACUUCAGCCCCGAUGAUAGUGUGCUCCAAAGCGUGUUCAAGCUCUCUGACGCAUACGAUGACUUUCCAUUUGCAGUAUUGACGUGUUGGAUGGAGAAAUUCCCGGACGUUGUCACGACUUUUGUUCGUACAUCUUUGGAAAAUAUCAACGACAGUGACCUCUUCAAGGACAAGACCCUAUCCGAACUAGUCCGAAAACUCGAUCAUCUCCAAGAGUUACGCAUUCGCAAUGACACAAGUGAAGUAAUCGCAGUACUUCAGGACGAAAGUAUUAUCUCGCUCUUGAAGAAGUUACUACAUCAACAUUGCCCAACUGAUGCAUUGUCAGUAGUUGAUACGUAUCAAGCAUUACGCACCGUGCUAUUCGACGAGGAACCUCCAUACAAGAAAACAAGGCUUGGAUGA